AUGGAGCAACGGCGCAAGCGCAGAUGCCGUGCCGCCCUUGUGCUCGGCUUUUGCUGGGUAGUCCGGGCGCGGCUGAUGGCUUCAAAAACAGACACCAACUUCGUGGGUGGAAGGGCAAGCCUUGGAGCACCGCACGGGCCGAGAAGGACAAGAGGAAGCACUCUGAAGCUCAAUGCUGCACCAGGAAAGGCUUCUGCAAUGAGACCUUUGGAGGCGGUCAGCCCAGAGGACCGUGACAUCGCCUUCAUGGAACGCUUGCGGUGCCUGGCACGGGAAGCGCUCAGCUGGGACUGGCUCACCCAGCGGCAGCGGCUGGUGUGGGGGGCCGUGCUGGAGCUGGAUGCCGUGCCGCUGCAGGAGCUUCCACCUUGGUUCCUGGAGCGUGAGAACAUCACUCGUAGGCGGCCAGGUGUCGACUUGCUGAGCCUGGACGGCCAGCGUGCUGUGCGAUGUUUGGAUGGUGUGGUGCCAUUUGCGGAGGUGCGCCGUUUCUUGCGAGUGGCGCGAUGGAUCUACAAGGCUCCUGGCUGCAUGCUGGUGACAGCGACCUCGAGACUGUCGAAGCAGUCCAAGGCAUGGCUGGAGCGCUCCGAUGCCACGCACCGUGUUAUGCCAGAGAGGAACCUGCGGAGGCUAGCUUCUCACGGAAGCUCCUCCAUCGAUGACGAUGCUCCCAUCGACGACCCUCCGUUGAGGCAGUGCCAAAGAGACUGCUUGGAGGCGUGCGCGAAGGGCGCGCGGGUCAUUGAGAUGGCAUGUGGCACGGGAAAGACACGUGUCAUCAAGGAGAUGGUCAAGAACAUUUCUGGAAGGGUCUUGAUCAUUGUCCCCCUGCUAGCCCUUCUGGACCAGUUUGCGGCAGACUUUCCUAGCUAUUGCAAAGUGGGAACACACCAUAAUCAGAGGAUUGAUUUUGAGACUGCAGGCUUCAUAGCUGUCAGCAGAUCAGCACAUUGGCUCCAGAAAAUGCAUUUCAACUCAAUUUUCGUUGAUGAAGCUCAUCAUCCUUUGCCAAUUGGAAUGCCCAAGUGCAACAAACUGUACCAGUUCUCGGCAACUCACACACAUGAGCCAGACUUUAACUACAGCAUGGGGAAGGCGAUUGCACAUGGUAUUCUUUCGGACUAUGACAUUGUAGUGCCCAUAACAAGUAAACACCAUGCAUAUGUGUGCCUGGCGGAUUUACUUCUAAAGCAAGCGGGGCGUUUUCGACGAGUGCUAGCUUAUUGCAACACUGUCGCUGAAGCAAAGCGGUUUCGCAUGGUUCUGCAGGACUUGGGGCUAGCCGCCUGGCACAUCAACUCCCUGACAAGCCGUACGAAAAGGCUUGCUGUCAUGACCGAUUUUGCUGGGGACUUGCAGAAACCGGUGCAUGUGCUGGUGACCGUGGAGGUCUUGGGAGAGGGGAUCAACAUUCCAAAUGCUGACACUUGCAUGUUUGUUGAGCCCCGGCGGAGCUACAGGAGCAUCGUGCAAGCCAUUGGCCGGGUUUUGCGACUUCACCCGGCCAAGACAAUCGCCCACAUCGUUCUGCCCGCUGUGGCUCUGGGCAGCCGACCAGCAGAGAAGCAGGAACAUCAGUCAAGGGCAGCCUCACCAAGCCAUACAGUUAAUGGAAGUGGCCAAGUGCGUUCUUCUCCCAUGUCAGUUGGCAAUUUCAACGGCAGCAGCUUGAGCUUCCAAAACCAGCAACAUAAAAGCGAGGAAAGGGGCUUGCGGACAUCAGGUCAGGACCAACAUUUGGACGCCUGGCGCGUGGGAAUCAUGGAGAUUGGCAGCAAGGAGCACCUAGAGGCCAAAGUUUUAGGAAGGCAUAGUGCUUAUUCAUGUCAAGGGACGGUCACUUUGCCCCAAGCAGGUCCAGCAAGUGAUUGCCAACGAGCACUUGCAAAGCAGCAAGUGCGACAGCAGAAAAGCCGGAACUUAGAGUUUAGCAAGUCUGGUAAGCAAAAGGCGUGUUUGACCACUGCAGCUGGCGAAGGCAGGGCUGUGCUUCAUGAAGGCAGUCAGUACAGCGAACCCUUCAGCGGGGCAAGGAGCAGUUCAGAGGAAAACACCGAUUGCAACGGCCAUCCUUCAUCUCAAACAAGGACGCCAACAUGUCACACGAGCCUAAAUGUGAGUGAAUUCUUGCAGUCAAACAGCAGUGAAUUUCAACAGUUUCCUGAUUUCAGAAUUCGACGGCUGCCGUGGGAUAUGAGGCAAGCAGCACCAAGAAAAAAGCAGCAAGUGACUUUUAAGAGCCCUAGAAGUUUUCCUGCCUCCGACCUAGAGUACGACACUCAGGUGGAAACUUUUUUAGCAGCCUUAGUGAAGGCGGAUCAUCGCUUGGUCGAUGCGAGCUCAGCACACAGAAUUCAACUGGUUGAUUGCAGCUUGGGGUUGGAAGGGGAGCCAAGCGCAGAUGAUGCGUUGCUAGAGGAGGUCUAUGGUCAGCUGACCAUGGUUUUAUCUCAAAAGGAUCCAUGGGAGACUCGCUUCAAUGAUUUGAAAGCCUUUGUUGAACAGCACGGCAGGCUUCCACACCAGAGGAGCAGCAAUUUGCAUGAAUAUAGACUUGGAGUUUGGUUGAAGAACCAAGGUCCGCAAGUUAAGUCGCGGCAACUAUCCAUCCAGAGGCUUCAACAACUAAUGAAUGCGUCAUCACCUCUCAUCCGCCGCCGGUUGGAGGGGUGGAUCUCUGGCGACCGGGAUGGCAUUUUCCAGGCGAGAUGCGCACAACUUGGACGGUACAUAAGGACGCACGGCACCCUUCCUAGAAGCAGUGCGGCUUCACCGCUGGAGCACUGGUUGCAAUCGUGUCGAGCCAUGGGAUCCCUUGCAGUGCGUGCGAGGAGGAAGAUGCUUGAGGAAGUGCAUCCCUUGGUGUCGGAGCUCCUGAGGAAGUGGGACAAAACUCCAAUAAAAGUGGAUUUGGCCAAAUGGAACGCGCAGUUUGAGCAAUUAUGCAGCUUUGUCUGCCUGCACCAACGGCUACCCAAAGGGGUAGAUGCCGAACGAGGGUUGGAUUUGUGGUUUCGGAUCCAGCGGCACAGGCUUUCCUGCGGCUCAAUGGCACCUGAUCUCACAGCCCGGCUCCUUCGCGCCCAUCCGCUGAUUGCUGCCGCCGUCCGAAACGCGCAGCAGAAGUUGGCUGAGCAUUGA